AUGGCAAAGGAAGCGCCAGCCCGUACCGGGCUCACCAUCGGUCUCAACCACGGCCAUAAAACCACUGCUCGCGUCGUCAAGCCUCGCGUUUCGCGAACCAAGGGCCACCUCAGCAAGCGCACUGCCUUCGUUCGUGACAUCGUCAAGGAGGUUGCUGGUCUUGCCCCCUAUGAGCGCCGAGUUAUCGAACUGCUGCGAAACAGCAAGGACAAGCGAGCCCGUAAGCUAGCCAAGAAGCGGCUCGGUACCUUCGGCCGUGCCAAGAAGAAGGUCGACGAGCUUCAACGCGUCAUCGCCGAGUCCCGGAGAGCCGGUCACUAA